UGGACACCCGGGUAGAGCAAGGAGACACGACAGCUAGGCCGAGCCCCGACCGCACCUGCGCGCCUUGGGAGCCAGGUGCCCGCGCCCUGUCGCCCGCCCGGCAGGAAGUGGCUGCGGCUGCGGGGGAGCGGCGGGGCGGGGAGGCGCGGCACCCGAGCCCUAGCGCGGAGCCAGUCCCCAUGGCGGCGCCGGUGCCCACGGGCCCCGAGGACGAUGCCUCGGCCGUCCUGGACGAGCUGUCUCGGAACUUCACGUACUGGGCGCCGGGCCCGGGCAACGGCUCGCUGUCGAGCGCCUGGUACCGCAGAAACCAGGUUCACCUUUUUGGAGUGUUGCUGGCUAUUUUAGGAAACCUGGUUAUCAGCAUUUCCCUAAAUAUCCAGAAAUACUCUCAUCUUCAUUUGGCCCAGAAGGAGCACCCAAAGCCGUACUUUAGGAGUGCGCUGUGGUGGAGUGGCGUCCUGCUGAUGGCCGUAGGAGAGACAGGCAAUUUUGCAGCCUACGGCAUUGCCCCCGUCACUCUGAUUGCACCACUGGGAUGUGUGUCGGUCACAGGUAGUGCCAUAAUUUCCGUUGUAUUUCUAAAAGAAAAUUUGAGAGCCUCGGAUUUACUAGGUAUGACCCUGGCAUUUGCAGGAAUGUAUUUAUUGGUGAAUUUUGCUCCAAAUAUGACCCAGGCGAUCUCAGCAAGAACAGUACAGUAUUAUUUUGUUGGCUGGCAGUUCCUGGUCUACGUGAUUUUAGAAAUCCUAGUUUUCUGCAUCCUUCUGUAUUUUCAUAAGAGAAAAGGAUUGAAGCACCUUGUGAUCCUGCUCACCCUGGUGGCACUCCUCGCCUCAUUGACUGUGAUUUCAGUGAAAGCCAUCUCAGGCAUGAUCACUCUUUCUGUGACGGGGAAAAUGCAGCUGACUUACGCCAUCUUCUAUAUCAUGCUUGUCAUCAUGAUAGCCUCUUGUGUUUUCCAAGUCAAGUUCCUGAACCAAGCCACGAAACUCUACACAACGACCACAGUGGUCCCAGUCAACCAUGUUUUCUUCACAACCAGUGCCAUCAUUGCAGGCAUCGUAUUUUACAAGGAAUUCCUUGGUGCUGCUUUUCUUACUGUAUUUAUAUAUCUUUUUGGGUGCUUUCUGUCAUUCCUUGGUGUAUUUUUGGUGACAAGAAAUAGAGAAAACAAACAUCUACAACAGUCUUUUAUUGAUUUGGGGAAUAUUCCUGGGAAACAAAUGUUGGACAAAAUACAACCAGAUUCAAAUGGCACAUCCUAUGGAACCUUGCCUGAUGGAAGUGACCCAACACAGAGCCAAAAUGGAGAGAAGAAAGAAGCCUAAAACGCCGAGAGGGCUGGCUGUUGGCCUGUUACUCGAUACCACCUUUUUAAAACAUUGCACAUGUUCAGUUUGUGUCAGCAGCUAUUUCACGCUGACGUGCGCGCAUUCGGUUCAGGCCUCCCCCCCACUGUGGACAAUCAGGGCCCUCCUAAUCUCUAACAGUCUAAUGCUUUCAUGGAAUGCGACUCGAAAUGCUCCCCACGCCCUGCAUCUCUCCCUAGCGAGCAUCUAACCGGCUGUGUCUUCAUGCGAGCCUGGCUGCUUGAGCAGAUGCCACACGGAAAUGCGCACUCGAGAUCUGGCCAUCGAAGGCAUAGGUCACUCCUUCAUGUGGCUCACAGGAUCCGCUUGCUGGCUUCAAGACGCCCUCUGCUGCCACAACCUGUCUUUCAGGAAGGGUUUGAUGUGGUCCUCUUGGGCUUCUUCUGUGGACGUUUCCCUGUCAGGAUGGCGAAUCGCUUUUGUGGAAAACCAACUCUGUUGAAAUCCUCCUUUGAAAAUGAAGGGCCUUGUUUAGAAACAGAAUCUACAAGCGGUAUUCUGUUAUGACAUAUACUAAAAACUCCAAGGCCUGGCUUCUGACUUUUUUUUUUUUAGCUUUGAAAAAAACUGUAUGCUGGGCAGUGGUGGCUGGGGAGACAGAGCAGGUGCAUCUCUGAGUUCAAGGCCAGCCUGGUCUACAGAGCUAGUUCCAGAACAGCCAGAGCUACACAGAGAAACCCUGUCUCAAAAAACAAACAAACAAACAAGGGGGUGGACACAUUUAAGACCUAAAACAGUGGUCACACCUCUGGCAUAUGUACUAAAAUUCCAACAGCACAUAUUUUACCAUGGUUUUUUGUGUUAAAUGUGACACACAAAUUUGUAAAGUGUUAAAGAUUUUGCCACAAUGUUUAUUUUUUUUCAAUAAAAUUCUAGAAUGGUAGCAUUUUCUCCAGCUUUAUGAUCCUAUUAUAUUUACAUUGAAACUGAAGAAAAAACUUUAUGAUAUGCCUUAAACUGUUACAGAUCUUAUACUUUAUCUGGUGGAUUUCUAUGCUUUAACUUCCAAUACAAUCCUCGAAAUGGCAUUUAGAUUCUUGGAAUAUUCCCCCCAAGUCCUCUGAAGCUUUGCCAGUUCUUCUAGAAAAGGAAAAUCAUGAUCAGAGGACUGGGUUUCUGCUCCUCAACUCUGGCCAUGGAAUGUGGCCAUGGAGGACCCGUGGCUCGUGUGAAUUCCUUGCUGUCACUUAGCAGGUCCUACUAACAUACAUUUGCAGACAGAAUCUGUAGUAACUUUUAUUAUUUAUGUUGUACCUCAUAUUUAAACAAUAAGAAAAGAGUACACAUUUAUCGUAACCAAAUAGUAAGGCCCAUCCUUCAUGACACUUGAAUCGUCCACCCAGUGUCACUGAAGACUUAUGUCUGUGCAUGGCACUAAACUUGGAGAUAAUGAGAUGCUAAUCCUAACUGUUUCUAGUCUUUUAAUGUUUUCUUUAUUGUAACCUGAACUCUGACCAAACUGGAAUAACCCAAAGCCUAUCCCUGGCUGCAAUUCUUACUAACAGUUCCUGCCACUGUGAAAAGUGUCCCAUCAAUCUGGAUGCAACAGUCAUAAAAUUAAUGAGGUAUUUUACUGAAUGGGAAUAGCUUGUUGACUCUGGGCAGCUCAGCUAAGUUAUGGAUCUGGUGCCUUAAAUGAUGGAUUUCUAGUAAAUCUUGACAUUGGUUUCAAAGACUGGGAAGCAGCUAAACCAAAGAGUUUCCCUUGAACUAGGACCACAUUUCAUAGGUACAACACCCAGUUUUGAGCACUGUAGAGUUUUGCAGACACAAACUUUAACAACAAUGUGUUGGUACCCUCCAGCAUUUGCAUUUAAGGUUUUGAGAGAUGAAAUUUAUCUAUGUGAUACAGAAAUGCUUUUGAAAUCAUGGUUAGAUAUAUUAUAUUCAGAUCUGAUUUUACUAAUUGUGGUGGGCCAAACCAAGGUGGAGAGAAGUCUUAAUUGAUUGGCUCAGAGGGUGUUUCUCUUUCUCUCUUCAUGCUCAGUGCCUGAUGACAACCACAGCCAACCCACCCCCUUUUCUGAAAUUGUAGGCUGGGAACCCUUGGCCAACAUUUGGCUCAUCUGACUAUUUGUCUAGACCAAGGACUGAUUUUUUUCAGCAAAGACUUAAAAAGUAAAUAUUCGGGGAUUUGUGUUGUCCGUAUGGUAUCUGUCCCUCACUACUCAGCUACUCCAUCAAAACACAAAUGUAGCCAUAGACAAUACAUAAACAAAUGGGAAUUGAUGUACAUCAGUAGUUAGCAACAAAAAAAUAAUUAGUAGCCAAUCCAUGUUGCCAAGCCCUGGUCCAGACUCCUUUGCCUUUGCUAUGCUACUUUUUUUUUUCUUGUUUCUUGAGCUCUGGAGAGCUAAAAAGAAAAACCCUGACACUUCAUGGUUGUGACAAAUCAGAUGCUUGGUAUUUACAUUAGGAUCAUUUUCGCUUG